AUAUAUAAGUCUCUCCAGAGGAACUAUCAGCUGCUCCCGGGAGUUUCGGUUCAUUCAGUAACACUGAGACUUAAACUUGAGCCAGCGUGGGUAAAAUGAGGAGUAAAGAGACCCAGUACAGUGUGCUGUGUGUUCUGGUGUGUGUGAUGGUGCUGCUGCUGAUACAGGCUGCUUCAGGUUCUUAUCCAACCGCUCAGGACGUCACGUGGGUUUCCAGCAAUUUCAAGACUUUACUGACUUGGAGGCCUAAACCAACAAACUAUUCAUACACUGUGGAGUACUCAAAACAGGGAGAGAACAGACAAAGGCUUCCUCUUUGCAUCAGGACGAACGAAACUGAAUGCGAUCUGACGGCCGGACUUCAAGACCUGAAAGGCAGCUACAAUGCAGACGUGCUGUCAGAACCCAUGCGGGGUGAAACCUCAGACCUGGUCGAGUUCCCCCAUUCAACGUCUAGCUGGUUCUGUCCCUAUAAAGACACUAACAUCAGCAGACCUGAUUUUAAGAUCGAGGUGAACAAUGGCGAGCGGAAAAUUACCCUCUAUGUAACGGAUAUUGCCACGGCUGUCUUCAAUGAACAGAAGAAGCGGCUGACUAUUCGGGAAAUCUUCAAAGAUGAUCUGCAGUAUAAGGUCGUUUACAGGAAAGCAAAGAGCUCCGGGCAGAAAGAGAAGUUCAGUACGAGCAGCGUGAUAGAGCUAACAGAUCUGGACCGAGGCCAGAGCUACUGCUUUACCGUGCAGGCCUACAUUCCUUCCCGCAGCAUUGGCAAACAGCUGGGCGAGAUCAGUAACGUUAAGUGCUCUCCUGAGGGGAACACGUCUAUUUUUGAAGAGUACAGUUUAGCAGUGAUUGCUACAGCCAUCCUGUCCAUCCUGAUUUUAAUAGCCGUGGCGAUCGCUGUUGCAGUGAUCUGCUGCAAACGACGUCAGAAAGCAAAGAGGAAAGGGAAAGAGGGCGUGCCUUUGAGGGGCGUAUGAGCAGUGUGUGUUAAACUCCUCUGUACAGAGGAACUCGCACUCAUGGGGAUCAUGGAACAGAACUGGACUCGUCCUUUUAAAUCGACACUUCAGUGGAGAACACUGGGAAUCUUUUGUUUCUAUGAAACUAAGCUAGACUUUUACUUUAUAGGAUUUACUGUCUAACAUAUCGGUACUAUCAAUCACUGGCGUUAUCUACUGUUGAAAUAUUUCCUAAGCACUACCGAAUUCUUAUUCUUAUUGCUGGAUUAAGGAGUUACUGUUUUCAAAUUUGGGAGCUUUGUGUAUGCAGCUGUACAAGAACAUGACACUACUUUUAUUAUAGAUGUUUUAUUUUUGUAGGUUUUACUAAUGUUAUCUGUAUAUUAGUUUAUAAAAUCAUAUUUAUAGUUUUUAGAUUUUAUAGAUGUGAAACAUUCCAUACAAUGUUAGAAAUGUCAUAUUUACCUGAGAUUUACAUACUGGACUUUUGUUCAAAACACUUGUUGACAGCAGAUAUGAAACUUGAGAAUGAUGUGUGAAACCUGUUGAAAAUGGUACUACAGUUUUGUGACUAUGAAUA